AUGAAUAAUAAUAAUAGUGAUUAUAUGGAUAUUUUUUCACCAGCCAAGGCUGUUUCUUCUAGUAGUGAUAGUAACGAUAGUAAUAUUAAUACACCUAUUAAGGAUUCUGACACCACUAAUAUUAUUAUUAACGGUAACAUCAAUAACAAAGUCGAAAAUAACAUUGAUAUUAAUAUAGAAGACACCAACAAUUCUAGCAGAAGAAAUUCAAUAAUAAUAAAUAAUAACGAUAGUAACAUUGAUAGUAAUAGUAGUAAUAGUUUACCAGAUACUACUACAUCAAAUUUUCAACAUAAAGUUCUUGAAAAUGUUAUUAAUGAAUGUUUGGAAGAUUUUAAAACUUCAUUACAUAGAGAUAUAAUGGAUAUGCAUGUAGAAUUAAUAAGACAAUUUCAUAUUCAACAGAAUAGUAUUGAAGGAAUGUUAAAAUGUUAUUGUAAUGAUAUGAAUGAAUUGAGAGAAGAAGUUAAAAGGUUAAAAGAAGAAAACAAUUUGUUAAAAAAGAAAAUAUCUAAUGAUAAGUUUUAUCUUUAA